CGACGACCAUUAUGUUGAUGUCGACGGCAUUGGCCACGUCCACUUCAAGCAGACUGUCCACGGCAUCGACAUUGACAAUGCUGAUUUCAAAGUUAAUGUUGGACGAAAUGGCAGAGUCUUUUCCCACGGCAACAGCUUCUUCAGCGGCAAGCUCCCCGCCGAGAACCCCCUGACGAAGCGCGCCUUCUCCGAGCCCACCGAGGCCCUCAAGGGCGCCGUCGACAUCCUGGGUCUCCCUGUCAAGGCCGACAGCGCCACCGCCGAGCCCCAGGAGGGCACCGAGAAGUACGUCCUCAAGGGCACCUCGGGCGCCGUGAGCGACCCCGAGGCCCGCCUGGUGUACCUCGUCAAGGCGGACGGCACCCUCUCCCUGACGUGGCGCGUCGAGACGGACGUCGUCGACAACUGGCUGCUCACGUACGUCGACGCCGCGACCAACCGCGAGGUCCACGGCGUGGUCGACUACGUCGCCGACUUCGCCACCUUCGAGGUCUACCCCUUUGGCGUCAACGACCCGUCCGAGGGCGACCGCAAGACGCUCACCGACCCCUGGCGCAUCGACGCCUCGCCCUUCACCUGGCUCGGCGACGGCACGACCAACUACACCACCACCCGCGGCAACAACGCCAUCGCCCAGGUCAACCCCUCCGGCGGCAACGACUACCUCAACAAUUACCGCCCCAGCAGCCCUUCCCGGGCCUUCGAGUACCCUUUUUCCCUCAGCCAGACCACCCCCGCCGACUACCGCGACUUCUCCGUCACCCAGCUGUUUUUCACCGCCAACAAGUACCACGAUCUGCUCUACCUCCUCGGCUUCACCGAGGCCGCGGGCAACUUCCAGGUCAACAACAACGGCAAGGGCGGCAAGGGCAACGACUUUGUCAUCCUCAACGCCCAGGACGGCUCCGGCACCAACAAUGCCAACUUUGCGACCCCGGCCGACGGCAGCAGCGGCCGCAUGAGGAUGUACAUCUGGACCGCGUCAACGCCUCGCCGCGACGGAGCCCUGGAGGAGGGCAUUGUCAUUCACGAGUAUACCCACGGAUUGUCCACCCGUCUCACCGGCGGCCCCGCCAAUUCGGGCUGCCUCUCCGGCCUCGAGGCCGGCGGCAUGGGCGAAGGCUGGGGCGACUUCUACGCCACGGCCAUCCGCCUCAAGCCCUCCGACACCCACUCGACCAACUACCCCAUGGGCGCCUGGGCCGACAACAACCCGGCCGGCAUCCGCCAGUACCCGUACUCGACCAGCCUGACCACCAACCCGCUGACCUACAAGUCCGUCAACUCCCAGACCGAGGUCCACUCCGCCGGCACCACCUGGGCCACGAUCCUCUACGAGGUCCUCUGGGCCCUCAUCGACAAGCACGGCAAGAACGACGCCGACUUCCCCACGUUUGACAGCCAGGGCGUGCCCACCGAC